CUACAAUCAAAAGCAAAAAUCAACUCAACAUGGCAAAUCCAUGCAAGGGCUUAUUGAGACAAAGAAGCAAUACAAUAACGGGAUCAGCAUGGAGCAUCGUAUCUUCAUAUGGCAUUUGUUUAUCCCGGACUCCUGCUUCUGUCCGAUAUCUCACUGCUUAUGCUGCUAAUUUAAGGAAUGGACCUUCUGGCCUAUGGAAUAAGAAGGAUAGUGACAACAAUGGCGAUAAGGAUCCUUUUGACAAGCUUGGAGGCGAAAGUGCUCGUCCUAUUAGGUUUAAGGAGAGGGAAUACAACCGAGAUAAUAGUAGUAGUAGUGAUAGAGACUCUGGAAAGUUUGGUCGACCAUCCUUUGGCCAACGUGACUUCCGUAACAGAUCUUCAGCAAAUUCCAAUUUUUUUGAACGAGAGAAUAGAGGUAGAGACAGAAAUAAUGUAAGAGAUAGAGAUCAAGACAGAUAUGGAGAUAGCAGUAGUAACAGCAGUUACAGCAAGAGGAAUAAUGAUACCAGCUCAUUUAAACCACGUGAAUCAUCAUCGUCAUCAGCGCCAAACGACUCAGGCAUUCCUAGAGGUAGUAGCAGCCCAAGAAGUAAAAUAUCAAAGGACAAUGAUUAUCUCUAUUCGCCCAAUGUCGUCUUACCAGCUCUGAUGAAUAAUUAUCGAAAGUCAUAUACAUUAUACUAUUCGAAAAUACUGGAACAGAAAAGGAAAAAAUUGAGAGAAGACCCUGUAGCAGAUUGUAUUGCGGCAGCCAUGGAUAAGCACGUUAGAGUGGUCAAGACAACCAAACAUGACCUUAAUGAAAUGGCUGAGCAGCGUCCUCAUCAAGGCGUGGUUUUGGAAGCUUCAAAAAUGCCUAUGAUCAAUGUCGUCGGACUAGGUCCGGUCUCCACUUUGAAUGAAUAUCAACUCGUGGGUAAAAAAGCAAAUGAAGUAACGGACUUUCAAAGGCGAGAAGAUGAGCCUCCAGUUUGGAUUGCGCUCGAUGAAGUCGUUGAUCCACAGAAUCUAGGUGCCAUCAUGCGCACAGCCUUCUUUUUGGGUGUCGACGGCGUUGUUGUCUGCGAGAAAAAUAGUGCUCCACUUUCUGCGGUUGUUGCAAAAGCCAGUGCCGGCGCCUUGGAAGUGAGGCCUACUUAUGCUGUCUCUAGUUUGAUGAAGUUUAUUCAGAAUUCACAAAAGAAUGGAUGGCAUGUUGCAGGUGCUCAUGUUACUUAUGGCUCCAAGCGAAAUCGUCCUAUAUAUACCUGGCCCGAAACAGGCGUAGAUCAACCCACGAUUUUAGUCUUGGGAAAUGAAGGCAAUGGUCUUCGGAAACAGAUUGCUAAUCAGUGUGAUUCAUUUAUUCAGAUCCCAACGUUAAGUCCUUUUGCCUCUGGAGUCGACUCUUUGAACGUCAGUGUUGCAGCAGGCAUCAUCCUCUCAAAAUUGAUGGGCGGGCGGUUUUCACACUUGCCAAAGAACCUGAAAAAGUUCCCACAUCGUGACCGAUCACAAAUGAAAGGCGCAGGCGGCAUAAACAAAGAUGAAAAUGAGGAUGAGGGAUAUGGGGACGACAACGAUGACGAUGGUAAUGACGAUAACGACGAUAAUUAUGAUGAUGAUGAUGACGACGAUGAUGAUGAUGAUGACAACGAGGAUGAAGGCAGGGAGGAAAGUGCUCAAGCCGCAAAGGUGAUCAAGAAUCACAAAGGCGAUCAUCUUCCGUUCUAAGAAGCCAUAAAAAUAAAC